AUGGAUGGGGAUUUGGACGGAAUUAACGACGGGCCUGCGGAAGAUGAGACAGAGUUGCUCGACCCGGGCGAAAUGAACACUGACGAUGUUCACAUGCGAGAGAGCGAGAUUCAGACAGAAACUCUUGAACUCCGCUACAAGGCGAAGGAAGAUGACUUUCAAAAGCUCAAACUCCUCGGCCAAGGCGGAUACGGACAAGUCUUUCUGGUCAAGAAGAAGCACUCGCCGCAUGAGGGCAAGGUCUUUGCGAUGAAAGUUUUGCGAAAGGCGAAAAUUGUCUCAAGCGAAAAAGAUACUGCUCACACAAAAUCAGAAAGAAACAUUUUAGGGAAAAUAAAUCACCCGUUUAUUGUCAAUCUUCACUAUGCAUUCCAAACCAGUGGGAAAUUAUUCCUUGUCUUAGAAUACGUCCAGGGCGGCGAAAUUUUUAUGAUGUUAGAAAAUAAAGGGCUCUUACCCGAAUCAGAAGUAAAACUUUAUCUUGGCCAAAUCACGCUCGCGCUGGGGCACCUGCACGAAGUCGGCAUUAUCUUCAGAGACUUGAAACCAGAAAAUAUUCUUAUCGGAGCCGAUGGACAUGUUAAACUUAUUGACUUUGGCCUGUGCAAGGAGCGCGGGAGCAAUGACGAGAAAACCUUUACUUACUGUGGAACUAUUGAGUAUAUGGCGCCGGAAGUUAUAACGAAACAAGGCCAUGAUCAGUCUGCUGACUGGUGGAGUUUAGGAACCCUAAUGUAUGAUAUGUUAACUGGGUCGCCUCCAUUUUGCGCGGAUAGCAGGAGAGAAACGACGAGAAUGGUCCUUCACGGGCGCAUCUCACUUCCUCAUCAUUUAUCGGCGGAAGCGAAGGACCUUCUCAAAAAUCUCCUAAAACGAAAUAGCGUAUCUCGUUUAGGAGCGGGUUCAGAUGAUGCCAAAGAAGUCCAGAGACACAGCUGGUUCAGAGACAUAGACUGGGACAAAUUAUUUAACAAAGAACUUCCAAUGCCUUAUAUUCCAGAAAUCACGAGUAUAGAAGAUGUAUCAAACUUUGAUCCUACGUUCACCGAGAGGCCAAUUCACGCAGAGUCACCUUCUUUUACCCCUCUAAAUAUGAAACAAGACCCUUUUACCGGUUUCACUUUUACUGAAGAGCUUCCCGAAUCUUUUUACCGCGUCGAUAAAGGGUUGGAAUUUAUCAGUGAAAGAGAAAGGAGGAGAAGGUUACAACAGUUAAGCUAA